UGCCAGAAGGCAGCUGGGAAGGCUCCAGCAUGCCCCGCAACCCACUUGAGGAUCAAGUUGAUCAUCAAAAGGAUGAACGGAUGGAUGUGAUUGUAUCGUACAGGCACAAGGACCCAGCAUCCUCUUCAGGGCGACACACCUGCAAGUCGUGUUUGUCCCAACAGAGGGAAUCAAGAGCACAUUCGCAUACAAGCAUGGACAAGUACGCUGUUUGUGCGUUGGUUUUCGCGCUCGGUGCAUUUGUGCAAUUUCAUCCGGUUUUUACUCAGGAUUCUCCCAAGAUUCACCCAAAACCAGGCGAAUGUUCCCGUAAUUAUUUACUUGCACCAUCAAAAAGCGGAUGUGUGAGUGACCAAGACUGCCCUGGGGACCACAAGUGUUGCGUCUUCGACUGUGAAGAUGUCUGCGUCGCUCCUUCUUUCAAUAAACCAGGAGUGUGUCCGCGUCGAAAGUGGGGCUAUGGGCAGUGUGCCGAGUUUUGCUAUGACGACAGUGACUGUCCCAAUGAGGAGAAAUGCUGCUCCAACGGAUGCGGACACGAGUGCACGGUCCCUUACAAAGUGAAGCCGGGCCGUUGCGCUCUGCCCCAAGGAACUCCCAUGUGUGCAGAGUACUGCUACCAUGAUGGUCAAUGUCCAGAGGAGCAGAAAUGCUGCAGGACAACCUGCGGUCACGCCUGCAGUAAGCCCUGCUGAGUUGACUACAAUCAACUUCAUGACAAAAAUACAGAAGGAGACAGGAGAGUGUUUUUUUUAAUAUACAUUUUCCUUCAACGGUGGUUACAGGGUACAUCAAAAGUAUUCAGAUCAUACAAAUUUUGAUAUUUAGCUCAAAUCAUUUCCUGUUUGCUAUUUUUUAAAAAUAAAUGUGCUACAAAUGAGAAAUGUGUUGCACGAUUACUUCCCGAAGUAUGCCAUCAAUGAAAACAUGUUUACAGGAAUGUUGCAACACUCCAACGUGAUAGUAUCUGCUUUACACAUUGGACCAGCACAUCUCAUAACAUCUUCAACACAGCGAUCACUGCUUUUCAUCAAUUACACGGGCACAUCAGCAUAUUAAUCACACAGCUAUCUGAAGCCUGCUCUUUAUGAAACACUUGAAGAGGAAACCAUUUGCAGCUGAUCUCCCCUGCAACUCCCUUCUACAUGGUGACCUCUUGUGUUUGUCUGCCCCAUUGGAGUUUGCUUGUACAGUCCAGUCUAGUCCAUAAAUGAGGGCAGUCAGAGAGAAGUAAUCCAGCUCCCACAUUGAUGCACUCUCCAAAAUGUGACCCUCUUUUCCUCAGGUCAUCAUAAAAAUGGUCAUCUGAUCACUGUAAACAUAUUUUGCCUCUCACACAGGUAGCACAAUAAGAAAGAGAUUUUUUUUUCUGUCUAACAUCUGGCGAACUAAGAACUUAGUGGUGUGGUCAAAGUGUGCAAGCCAACAUUUUGGAUGUGCAAUCAACCUGGAAGAUGCAUUACCGUAAUUCAAAUGGCAAGUGGGUAAAAAAUAGAAGCAGGCCGCUCACAAUACAUGUGUUUUGUUUUUAAUUUUAAUGUAAUGGAAAGAUGAAUUCCAAAAAACAGAAUAAGAUGACAGCAGUGAAAAUACUGUCAUGUUUUGGUUGACCUUAUAUAUACACAGGACAUCCACUUCAUUAAGUACAACAUAAGUACAUGAAAAAAAUAAUAAAGCUGACUUGACUUGGCAUAUACACAA